AUGGCGGAGCGUGGUGUAGGAUUAGACAUAGCGGCAGAGCCCUAUCACAUCCCCAAAAAUCACCCUAGAUGGUUUGGGGAUGACUUGGGCUCUGCCGCUAUAGUUUGGAGGGCAAAUGAUAGCUCACCCCCCGCAACAUUUGUAAGUUGCGGCAGGGGAUAUGUUGUGGCCAAGUGGGGAGUAGUCACCGUGGUUGGGGUGUGCUUCCCCCCAGCAAAGAGCCUGGACCUGAUUGGGUACAGGUCCAAGCUCCAAGAGAUGGGAGACAAUCCAAAGGCACCUCUCAGGUCCUGUCAUCGUGGCGGGGAUUUCAAUGCGAAAUCGGAAUUGUGGGAUCCCCGGCGCGAUGACAGGCGGGGGGAAGUAACUAUAGAUUGGGCCGCAAGCCUCGGUCUACACAUCCUCAAUGAGGGGAGCAAAUCCACGUUCGUGGGGUCGCGGGGGGAGUCAAUUAUUGACUUGUGGGCAACCCCCGCGGCCCUGAGAAGAGUGUGGACCUGGAGAGUGGCGGACGAGCUCGAGAUCCUGUCGGAUCAUCUCUUAAUAGAGAUGGAGCUGUCCGUCACCCCCAACGGCCUGCGGCCCAGCCAAACGAAGGAACCCCGACCCGGUAGAUGGUCCUUGGCCCAAUUAAAAAAGGAGAGCCUAGAGAUCUCCUUGGAGGGCUCCACCUGGCCACGACAAAGGGAGGGGCAGGACCUUGACUCUGAGGUCAUGGAGGUAAUGGACAUACUCGCACAGGUGUGCGAUGCCACCAUGCCCAGAGUCAGGUCCUGCUCAAAGCGGUCCGCCUGGUGGUGGUCCGACCACAUUGCUACGCUGAGGCGCAGAUCGGUCUACUGCAGGUGGGCAUUUCGCAGGGAGCGAAACAGGCUGAACCCGGACCCUGAGGCCACUCUGGCCGCCCGGCAGGAAUUCUGCAAAGCAGCAGUAGAGCUCAGAGAAGCCAUAGGGGCGGCCAAAGGAAGAGGGUGGAACAACCUCCUCCUCUCGUUGGAUGCGGAUCCGUAG